AUGGGCAGAGCCCUGCUGCCACAGCAGGAUGCCGGGGAAGGAGAGCUCCCGGCUCAGGGCCCGCCCGGGAGAGCAGGGGGUCCUGCUCUCCCUGCAGCCAAAUUGAGGGUCCUGAUCUUUGCCCUGCUCUGGAGGGGGUAUCUGUCCCAGCAGCCCGGAUUUACCCUGACAGUGCCGCAGUCGGUGUCUGUGCAGGAGGGUCUCUGUGUUCUCAUCCCCUGCACCUUCACGUUCCCAGCCUCGCUGGACACCUACAAUUCCCGGGCCCGGCUCUACAGAUACUGGUACAAGGAUCCAGCCAUUGUGGACUCUGAGCCACCCGUGGCCAGCACUGACUCCAGCCGGAGGGUGUCGCAGGAGACCCAGGGCCGGUUCCGGCUGGCGGGGGAUCUGCUAAGUGGCGACUGCUCCCUGCAAAUCAGCAAUGCCCAGCAGAUGGAUGCGGGGAGAUAUUUCUUUAGAUUUGAGAAAGGAACAUUGAAAUACAAUUACCGCUCCAAUUCCGAUGGCACUGACGCAAUGCUCACAAUCUCCGUGCCAGGGCUGACGGAGGAGCCAGAGAUCCAGAUCUCACCGGCGCGGGGGCUGCCAGCGACGCUGCUGGCUGGGGAGCCAGUGACUGUGACCUGCACGGCCCCUGGGCGCUGCUCUGGGCCCCCUCCCCGAGUCACCUGGACGGGGCCGUUCAGCGACACAGCCCGGGACGUCUCAGCCCCGCUGGCGAAUGGCACCUGGGCCCACAGCUCUGUGCUCAGCUUCACACCCAGCCCGGGGGACCACGGCAAAGAGCUCAUCUGCAGCACCAGCUACAGGCCACCAUGGGGACCUUCCACCCGCAGAACCAUCCAGCUCCAUGUUGUCUACCCGCCCGGGCCCCCCAACAUCACCGGGAACCUAACCAGGAACGGACGCCCCGGACUGGCCCCAUUGGGAACUGAGGGCGACAUUUUUGUGUCUCUGGAGACCCACGAGGGCGACUCCCUGAACCUGAGCUGUGAGGCUGGGAGCAGACCUGAGGCCACCCUGAGCUGGGCCAGGACGAACAGGUCCCUGAUCCCUGGCCAGGGAAGGGACCGGCACUUGGAGCUGCCGAAUCUCAGCAGAGGGGACGCUGGGGAGUAUCAGUGCUGGGCAAAGAAUUCCUAUGGAUCAGCCAGCCGGGCCCUGCAUGUGCAUGUGCAGACUCUAGAGAGGACUCUGCAAAUCACCGUCUCCAGAGCUAACAGGAGCGACCCCCCGCUAUUCCAAGAUCCCAGCACCACAGUGGGGAACGGUUCACAGCUCACGGCCCGGGAGGGCGACUCCCUGCGGUUCCUCUGCUCUGUCGCCAGCAGCCCCCCCGCUGCGCUGGGCUGGGUGAACGGGGGCCGAGCGAUUGAGGGUGCCCACCCCACGGGGGAGAAUCAGCUGCGGCUGGAGCUGCCCAAUGUGACGGCCGAGGACGGGGGGCUGUACGGGUGCUGGGCCCAGAACAAGGAAAGCUCUGCCCAGGGAACGUUCCAGCUUCUCGUUGAGUACAGCCCCCGGCCGGGGACCAGGCUGAACUCGUCCUGCCAGCACCAGGGGCCCAGCGUCAACUGCAGCUGCUCCCUGCGCUCCCACCCCCCACCCCGGCUCCAGUGGCAGGUGGACGGGGAGCCCCUGGCUGGGAACGGCUCAUGGGGAGCCCUGCAGGUCAGCUCGUGGGCCCAGGGGGACGAGGCCGUCAGCACCCUGAGCUGGACGGGGAGCGGGGACAGGGGCCCCCGGAUCUUCUGCCUCGGCUCCAACCCCCACGGGACCUACGCCGCCCUGCACUUUGACUUCAGCCCCCCGCAGAGAGGUGCGGAGGAGCCUGGCAAGCUGCUGGGCGUCGGGGUGGCCUGUGGGAUGGGGGUCGCCGUUGUCUUCUUUCUUCUCAGGCUCUGUGUGAUCAAGCUGUGGGGCCAGGAUCUGGUGCCCCCCAGCGCUGGGGCCGGGGAAAUGGCUAACGGGAGCCAGGACGAGCACACAGCUGACGAUACCAGCCUAAUCUACAUUAACGUCAACACCAUCCCCAUAGAGACUCCAGCCACCCACCGGACCAAAGGCGCCCAGGACAGGGCUGCCACAGCACAGGCCCCGCUAGACCCCGGGGAGCCAGACGAGCUGCAGUACGCUUCCAUCAACUUCUCCAAGCUGCAGCGCAAAGGGGGGGAGCCUUUGGAGGACCCGGACACAGAAUAUUCUGAGGUCCGGCUGAAAUAGCCCCUUCGCGCCACGGGCCCAGGCUGGGUGUCUCCGGCUCGUCCAGUGCGAGGGCGGGGCUCACAGUGAGGAGGGAAGGAGGCAAGGGGUCAGCCCAGGGCUGGAGCCAUGACAUUGGAAACCUGGGUGCAAAUCCCUGCUUGGCCCCAGACUCAGGGUGGAGUCAACUAGGCCUUGGAGAUGCUGGAGCACUGCAUUGUGGGGAGGUAUCCCAGAGUCCUCUGCAGCCGGGUCUCAAAGCCUGCCCCCUCCCAAACCCCACUGUCCCUAGGGAAAGAGCCUCUCACCCCUCAGCCAUAGAUCAUCUCUCUUCUACCCUGCCUGAGUCCUCACCCACUCGUUUCACAGAUGGACAGGAUUUUCAAGUGCAGGGGCAGCAGCUGGCAGGAGCAGGGGGAUGGGCUUGUGUCUCAGGUGCUGGCCUGGUACUCGGGCUUCCUGGCUUCUAGUCCCUGCUCCACUGAAACUGCUGUAGGUGAGGUUGGGCCAGUUGCUGCAACUAUUCCUCACCUUGAAAAUUGGGAUAAUAAUGGUGCCAUGGGCUAGUUAUGUUAUAAAUUCUUAGGGGUAGGGACUGUCUCUCGCUGUGUGUCUGCCCAGACACACAAUGGGCCCUGGUCUCUGUCUAGGUCAAUCAGUGCUACAUGAUUAUAACUUCUUAAUAACAAUGUUCUAUUGAAGGUAACAUGUUCACUCCAAAGCCAAAAACAUCCGACUGUGAAAUUCCCUGUUUACAAGCUGUUACUUGAAAUAGAUUUUCAUGUGUCAUUUUUUGUCACUGCAACUUUUUUAACAAAGGGCCACUAACAACUCUGACUUAUUUGUGUCCA